AUGACCUCGGCUCCAACUAUUCUUGCAACGUGCAAGCAGACGCGGUUCCAUCUGUUAGAUGAGAAUCCGUCGACUGAGAUUGAUGUAGAGGGUCUCAGCAUUACAAUCACCUCCGCCGGUGCAGAUCCUACAGAUGAAGCUUCAAAAUCAAAAGUCAAAGGGAAAUCCAAGGCCAAAGCUUCUGGGAAAGAGCUAAUUUCCGACGCCCACCUCCGUCUAAAGGGUGGCGUUCACUAUGGCCUACUCGGUCGCAAUGGAACGGGAAAGUCCACACUCCUACGAGCAAUGGCCGAUAAACUGAUUCCUGGAAUUCCGCAUGUCACCCGGAUUGCAAUUCUCCAGCAAACCGGCGUGGAUGACGAAUCUGGUGGAUACGGGAGGUUAAGACUAGACAAGACAGUCUUGGAUGCAGUUCUCAGCAGUGAUGAGACGAGGAACGAAGCUGUGUUUACAGCAGAAUUCCUGUCUAAAAGUUUUGACAAGGAGGAUCCCCUUGAACCAGUCAAGGCGAUUCGCAAGAUUCAAUAUCGGCAAGCGGAGAAGAACCUCUUCCUUGCUCAUAAGAAUGCAAAUCUCAAAAGCGGCGCGAGAGGGUUUCAGGCCAGAAAGGAUCUUAAGACGGCCGAGGCGAAUAUGGAGUCCGCGACUGAACGACUCGCCCAAGACCCCGAGUCCAUCGAUGCAGAGGCCGUUCAAGUGGAUACGCAAGCUGCUGUAGAGACACUGCAGACUCUGCAGUCCCAGCUCGAGGAUAUGAACCUGGCAGAUAUGGAGAAAGAAGCUCGUCGCAUUCUCCUAGGCCUCGGCUUCAAAGAAGAAAACCUCGAGAAAAAGGGUUCUACCCUAUCGGGAGGCUGGCGAAUGCGAUGUAUGCUCGCAAGCGUCCUAGUCCAAUCCCCAGACAUCAUGAUCCUCGACGAGCCGACCAAUUUCUUGGACCUCCUAGGAGUAGUCUGGCUUGAGAAUUAUCUCCAGCAAUUACGCGAGACGUCCGAAACGACAAUCCUUCUAGUCUCGCACGAUCGCGAUUUCAUUAAUGCUGUCUGUGAAGAAAUUGUGAUUCUACGAGAUCAGAAGCUCACCUAUUUCCGAGGCAACCUCGCCGCCUACGAGCAAGAUUUUGAAGAGCAGAAGUUGUACCGAGGACGCAUGAAGGAAGCGCAAGAACGACAGAUCGCACACAUGGAAGCGAGUAUCCGGGAGAACUUGAAGAUCGGCAAAAAGACCGGCGACGAUAAUAAGUUGCGGCAGGCUAAAUCCCGCCAGAAGAAAGUGGAUGACCGGAUGGGUCUACAGGUCAAUGCUAAUGGCAAUCGCUUCAAGCUCAACCGUGAUCUGGUCGGGUACCAUUUGACCAGCCGUGCAGAGAUCGAGGUGCCACAGGAUGAAAGGGGUGCGUCGAUGGCCCUACCAGAUGUGACCGAGCUGCGAUUCCCCGGGCCAUUAGUGUCGCUUGAAGGAAUCCAUUUUCGAUAUCAAAAGAAUGAUCGGGUCAUUCUGGAUGAUGUGAAUCUUGUGGUGCAUAUCGGUGAUCGCGUGGGUAUCAUGGGCCUUAAUGGAUCUGGCAAGACCACUUUGAUCCGCAUUCUGAACGGCCAACUCCCACCGUCAAAGGGCAAGGUCUCGACUCAUCCACGACUGAAGGUGGGCUACUAUGGCCAGCAUUCCGUGGAAGAGUUGCAGGAGCGUGGUCGGAGUGAGCCCGAUUUGACUGCGCUGGGAUUGUUGGCGGCUGAAACCGAAGGCCAUCUUAACGAAGGUGCCAUUCGUGGUCUGCUCUCGUCCAUGGGCUUGGCCGGUCGCAUUGCUUCGGAUGUACCCGUGGCCAAAUUAUCUGGUGGACAACUAGUUCGGCUUGCGUUGGCACGAAUUGUGUGGGCUUCCCCCCAAUUGCUGAUUCUGGAUGAAAUCACGACUCAUUUGGAUUUCCACACGGUGACUGCACUGGCCACCGCACUUUCCUCAUUCAAUGGAGCCAUCAUUCUCGUCUCGCACGACCGUUUCCUCGUUCGAUCCGUGAUUGAAGGCAAGCGAGAUACGGAGCACAAGCUUGAUGAAGACUUUGAGGGUGUUGAAGAGGAAGAGUCCACCGAGUCUACUCCACGACGCCGGUCGGUGUAUGUGCUCAAGACGGGCAAGUUGAAUGAGCAGUCGAGUGGAGUGGAGCAGUUUGAGAAGAGCCUGGUGAAGCGAGUACAGAAGCUACUCAAGUAA